AUGGCUCAGUUGGUUGGUGCAGACGAUAUAGAGUCACCGAUAAUGGAGCUCUCGGAGAUACGAAGAAGUAUCAGAUCAUCAUUUCGACGCCACACCUCAAGUUCCCGAAGCAUUUCGGGUUUGAGUUCUACACAGAAUGAUCAUGAGGUUGACGAUGAACAUCUCUCACAGUGGGCUGCCGUGGAGAGAUUGCCGACUUUGGAGCGGUUGAGAUCGUCUUUGUUUGAUGAAAAUGAAGGAGGAAAAAGGGUGGUUGAUGUCACCAAGCUUGAUCCUGUGGAACGUCAUAUGUUCAUCGACAAACUCAUCAAACACAUUGAGAAUGACAACCUUCGUUUAUUGCAGAAAUUCAGAAAAAGAUUAGACAAAGUUGGUGUAAAAUUGCCCACUGUGGAGGACUGUGCCAAGCUUCUUAGUUUAAAGUCACAAGAGACCAAAAUAAGCAUCCUUAAUGAUGCAAGUGGAAUCAUUAAGCCUGGAAGAAUGACCUUACUGCUUGGUCCUCCAGGAUGCGGAAAGACCACCUUACUGAAAGCACUUUCAGGAAACCUAAGCAAAUCUCUCGAGGUUACAGGAGACAUUUCUUACAAUGGAUACAAACUGGAAGAGUUUGUGCCUCAGAAAACUUCUGCUUAUAUAAGCCAGAAUGACCUGCACAUUCCUGAGAUGACUGUGCGGGAAACACUUGAUUUUUCGGCACACUGUCAGGGUGUUCGGAGCAGAGCAGAUAUUAUGACCGAGGUCAGCAGGAGGGAAAAGGAAGCAAGAAUUGUUCCAGAUCCAGACUUGGAUACUUACAUGAAGGGUAGGGUGAAGGGGAACUAG